AUGGGUGCUGACUUUUUGUUACAUGCUGCGUGUAUGAACGGAGAUACCGAAAAGGUUCAACAGAUAUUAAGUGAGUUUCCGGGCGCAGUGAAGGUUAAAGAUGAUGAUGGCCGAUAUCCUUUGCACUGGGCAGUAUCAUUCCAGCAAGACAACAUAAUUGAUAUAUUGUUGUCCUAUAUGAAGAAAAUUGAUUUGGACACUAUUUUGGAUGAAUCUGGUUGGUCUCCGGUACACAUUGCUAGUUCUAUCGGUAGCGUUACUAUUCUUGAAAAGUUACUUAAUCAUACUGUUGAACCAAACCUUGAUCUACAGGCUAAUAAUGGGAUCACUGCUUUACAUUUAGCUUGCUCUAAGAAGCAUUUAAAUGUGGUUCAACUUUUAGUGGAAAGAGGAGCUUCAGUGAGAAUUAAAGAUGGCCUUGGUCAAUUGCCUUUGCAUAGAGCUGCAGCUUCCGGUUCAGUGGGAAUUGUGUCGAUAUUAUGCGAUAAAAACUCUCCUGUUAAUAUAAAGGAUAAAAACGGAUGGUCUCCUUUGUUCCAUGCUUUGGCAGAAGGUCACGGCGAUGUUGCUGUCACGUUGGUCAACAAGUAUCAUGCAUUAUGGGAAGGAGAAACCGACAACGAUGACUUGUCCAUAGAUAAAAUCUGUGUUGACGCAAAAGUGAAGGAUUACUUUUUGUCAAAGGUUGAAUGA